AUGAAUAUUAGGUGCCAGGUAGAUCUGAUCGAUUUUCAGACACAGCCAGAUGGAAAUUUUAAAUUUAUUAUGGUUUACCAAGACCAUCUAACAAAAUUUGUUCUGCUUCGCGCUCUACAAUGUAAGAGGGCGGCAGAGGUGGCUUACCAUUUGAAUGAUAUAUUUCUAACUAUAGGAGCGCCGUGCAUUCUUCAAUCUAAUAACGGUAGGAAAUUUGUAAAUAAUGUUAUAAGUGAGCUUGCCAGACACAGUCAAAGCCAGGGCUCAGUUGAACGUGCCAAUCAAGCUAUUGAGAAUAUGAUAGGGUCUUGGAUGAAUGAGAACGUUUCAACGAAAUGGAAGCUAAUAAAAGAUGAUCGUAAUGUUAACCUAACAGAAGAUAGAAAUGAUAACGUUGUCGAAGUUAGUAAUCGAGAAAAAGUUUCUUCAUCUGAAAAUGACAUUCAUAAAGCUAGAACAACUGCAGCAGAAAAUCUUGUAAAACACGCUAAGAAAAUGAAAGCUACUUCUGACAAGUCUCAUCCACCUGCCAACAUUGGAGAUAAUGUGACUAUACCGAUUCCAGAUGUUGACAAAGGCAAAGGUGAUCUCAGAAACAUUAUUGGAGUUAUUCUUCAGAAAAAUGACGAAACAAUAUUAUCAGAAUUCGGUAUUUGCAAUCAAACUUUUUUAGAGGUAGCAGAUGUAAACCAAGGCUCUGAAAUAUCGUUAAGGACUGCAGCUACGAAACAUUCAGUUGGAUCAGGCCAAGGUUUUGAUCAACUGGUUUGGCCUGGCCUAAACUGGUCUAUCCUAUCGGGCUUAGGACAAAUUAGUUUGGACUAG